CACUUGCUUUACUCGAACUCGAAUAAUUUAGGUGAUUGAUGUUAUACAAUAAAUUAAUUAUAUUAAUUAAAAUUCUUAAAAGAAUAAUGAGGCUCCACGGUUAGCUAUCAUAGACGAAAGCACGUCAGAUGUAUCCCUGAAAGGAAAGAGGUAUAUUAUUAGGAGAAGGCCCAAGCGUUCUAGAGAAUUUUGGAGAGAAUCGUAUGCGUUUAGGGUUUUUGCUUUUUGAUUAAAUUUAAGGCGCUCGUCUGUGGCCUUUCCGUAUUAGUUAAGGGUUAGGGUUUCGUUCCAAUGGCGGAAGAGAGAUCCACUGGUGUGGUAAGGUGGUUCAACGAUGUCAAGGGUUUCGGGUUCAUCACGCCCGACGACGGAGGAGAAGAUCUGUUCGUCCAUCAGUCCGCCAUCAAAUCCGAGGGUUUUCGUAGCCUGGCUGAGGGCGAGCACGUCGAGUUCCAGAUCGAGCUCGGCGUUAACGAGAGGACCAAGGCCGUGAACGUCACCGGUCCCGACGGAUCUCCCCUUCAGGGCAACAAGAAGGACAGUUACGUACGGUCCGGACGCGGAGGUGGUGGCGGUUGGAGAAGCGGCGGUGGCGGAGAUAGGCGUAACAGUGGCGGUGGUGCCGGUUGUUACAAUUGUGGCGAUCCUAGGCACUUGGCCAGGGAUUGUUACAAAGGGAACAUUGGCGGCGGUGGCGGUGGCGGUGGCGGUGGCUGUUUCAAUUGUGGUGAGGUUGGGCACAUGGCUAGGGACUGUCCUAACGGAAACAAUGGCGGCGGCGUCGUCGGUGGUGGUGGCGGUGGUGGCGCGUGUUAUACCUGUGGUGGGUUCGGGCACUUGGCAAGGGACUGCAGGGGUGGCGGUAGUGCUGGCGGUGGCGGUGGUGGUGGCCCGUGCUUUUCUUGUGGGGCUUUCGGUCAUCUUGCUAGGGAUUGCCGCAACAAUGUCAUUUCCGGGAGGUUCAGCGGUGGCGGUGGCGGAGGAAGAAGCGGCUGUUUCAACUGUGGGAAACAAGGACACCUUGCCAAAGAAUGCCCUGACGUCGCUUGAUUAUGAAGAAAAAAGAGAUGGUUUUAUAUUUUGUGCUGGUUUUGACUUGGUGAUCGGCUGUUCGAUAGCAUUUUUUCAGUAUGCCUAACACAGAUGUGGUGUGGUUCGGAUAAGAACUAGGGAUGUUGACAUGUUCUCUAACCGAUCAGCUCUCUUCUUCAAUUGUGAAUUAACCGACUUCGAUAUUUAGUUUGGUGAUAUUAGAUGUGAUGGCCUGAUUAUCUACUAUUAUGAGCUGCGUCAUUAAUAUUGUCUUUUAUAUAUUUAAUAAUAUUAUAUUUUUAUUGGGAGGUUCUGCUCUCAUUUUGGU